UGUUUUUAGUUGUUCCUCUUUUUUCUUUCUCUCUCUUUUCCUUCUCUAUCUCUCUCUCCCUUUCUCUCUAUCUCCCUCUCUCACACUUCUUAUCUAACCGGUUUGUGUGUGAGAAGACGUGAGCUCGGGGAGCCAGGGAGACGGCUGUAAGAGAGGACACCCGAGAACUGCUGCUCUGGUGCACGCAGGGGGCAGAUACCUCAGGAGUGGAUUACCCGUCUGUGAGGGUGUCAACAGAGAGACGGAGUCCCCCCCUUCCCCAUCCCAGACACCCCUAGCCCCCCACCCCCACCCACCCUGUGCACGCCUCCAGUGGACACGCGACACAGACACGGCUCCAGCUACGCCACUGGGCACCUCACCAUCCAGCGCUGAUCACCAGCGACAUGAACAAAAUGAAGAACUUCAAACGUCGCUUCUCACUGUCUGUGCCCAGAACAGAGACGAUUGAGGAAAACGAUAUCACUGAACAGAUCAACCAACUCAACAUCCGUCACAGCGAAGACCUGGUGGCCAACAGCCCGGGCCUGCCGUCGCUGCAUCCAGAGCGGAGUCCAGUGGCAGCGGAGGAUGGAGGCCAGUCUCCCAACGACCUGCUCUAUCGCAGCAAGAACCAGCUCCGACGCUUCUCUAUGGAGGAUGUGAGCAAGCGCAUGUCUCUGCCCAUGGAUAUCCGCCUGCCCCCUGAGUUCCUGAAGAACCUGCAGGUGGAGAGCCCGGAGCCCUGCAAACCUCCUCUCAGCCGUAUGUCCAGACGGGCCUCGCUGUCGGACAUUGGCUUCGGGAAACUUGAGACCUAUGUCAAAUUGGGGAAACUGGGUGAGGGCACGUAUGCUACAGUGUUCAAGGGACGCAGCAAACUAACAGAGAACCUUGUGGCUCUGAAAGAGAUCCGUCUGGAGCACGAAGAGGGAGCACCUUGCACAGCCAUACGGGAAGUUUCCCUGCUGAAGAACCUGAAGCACGCCAACAUUGUGACACUGCACGACAUAAUCCACACAGAACGCUGUCUUACCUUAGUCUUUGAGUACCUGGACAGUGACUUGAAGCAGUACCUGGAUAGCUGUGGGAACCUCAUGAGCAUGCAUAAUGUGAAGAUCUUCAUGUACCAACUGCUCCGAGGCCUUGCUUACUGCCAUAAGAGGAAAAUACUGCACAGAGACCUGAAGCCUCAAAACUUGCUCAUCAAUGAGAAAGGAGAGUUAAAACUCGCUGACUUUGGCUUGGCCAGGGCCCAAUCAGUCCCGACCAAGACAUACUCCAAUGAAGUAGUGACACUUUGGUACCGGCCACCUGAUGUUCUGCUGGGGUCUACAGAGUACUCCACUCCCAUAGACAUGUGGGGCGUUGGCUGCAUCCAGUUUGAGAUGGCCACCGGCCGGCCCAUGUUUCCAGGCUCCACCGUCAAGGAGGAGCUGCAUCUGGUUUUCCGAAUGUUGGGAACCCCAACCGAGGAUACCUGGGGGGGUAUCACAUGCGAUGAGGAGUUCCGGUCCUACCUCUUCCCUCAGUACAGGCUCCAGCCUCUAAUCAAUCACGUCCCCAGAUUGGACACUGAAGGGAUUGACCUGCUCUCAGCGUUACUUAUGUAUGAGUCACGGAGCCGCAUGUCUGCUGAGGCCUCCCUAAGUCAUCCCUACUUCAAAUCUCUGGGGGAAAACAUCCUGACCCUACCUGACACAUCCUCCGUGUUCUCCCUCAAAGAGGUGCAGUUACAAAGGGAUCCUGGACACAGGACCUCAGUGUUUCCGCAAACAGGGCGAGGCAAGAACCGCAGACAGAGCAUAUUCUGAAUCCUUGGAGGACAAGCACCUUGAAGAAAUGGAUAUUCAUUUGAAAUAAAUGAAGUGGGCACUUGGGAUGAAACAAAUGCUCUUACAGCAUUCUGUUCUCCUUCAAAGCUAAGGGUAAAACAAGUGCUGUCGGAAUAAAAAAAUAUAUAUAUUGUUCAACACUUCAGGAUAGUAGUUGGAAAAUCACAGCUGAGGUCGCGCACUUAUGAUGACUAAUGUUUUUGCUUUUUACCUUGGAUCCUUGAAACCUGGUUUUCCACCUAAUGCCAUUUGAGGUCAUUCCUUUGCUCUCUGGCUACACUGACUUCAUUCUUUCCUCUUUCCUGUGCCCUGAUGGUGACACCGGUGAAGUCAUAAGUUGUUAGAUUUGUGAUGGGUAGUUCGGUCAACAUGAAUGACUUUUCUGUACACUCACACUCCGCCUCUCGGUGAUGUAAGUCACCAGUAUCUGGGUGUGAGCACUUAAAGAAGCAUGUUUCUAUUUCCAUAUUUUCAUAUGAGCUCAUAACGUGGGGUAUAUUUUGUCAACUUCUGUUUGUGAAAGUAUUAUUUGCCUAUGCCAACGAAGCAGUAUUUCAAGACUCCUGAUAUCAUUUAAAGGUGGAGAUUUGUUAUAUCUUACACACUGCACUCCAAAGGUUAGUUUAGGUUUUAUUUUUCCUAGUCACAAAAUGGUGGUGAGCAAUCCUUUCUGAACUGACAAGGGUACUUGCACAUGCCCAAGGUGAUUAUUUCAGUAGCUUCCUGACUUAACUUGCACAUUACAGGGACUAUGGGACAUGCAUGUCCAGGGACUAUGGGACAUGCAUUCCUCAGUCCCAUCCUCCUUCUAGCGGCAGUCCCAGAGUUCCUUUGUAGGCCAUAAUGUUUAGUAAUUUUAAGACCCAAACAGAAAUCAUCUCACAGUUUAUUCAAGAAUUUAAGUGAGUAAUACAUGUACUGACUGCAAACCCCCGCCAGGGGGCAAAAGCAUAACUGUAAGAGAGCGAGAGAGAGAGAGAUUUUCUGUAAAAUUUAUUUAUAUAUAUAUAUUCUAUAAUUCAACUAUAUUUUAGCAUCACUGGCACAGAGAUACUACUGUAUGUGUUUUGUUGUGGUAAAUGAAGAUAUUUUAAAUACUUUCUCAGAAAAAAAAUGAAUAUGUAUUUUAACAGAUGUUAUCUUUAUUCUCAGUGAAAUUAUGCCAGACAAAAGAGAAGACUGUAUUAAAUGACACUAGAUGAUGUGUAAUAUAUAUAAUUGGCCUAUGCUUAGAUUUUUUUGUAUAGAAAUGUGAUGUUUAAUAUUUUGUGUGGUUUGUCUACAUGACAAUACUGAAGAUGAAUGUAUUGUGACUGCUGAAAAGCCCAAAGUGAUUGAAUAACAAAUAAUUAAAUAAAAACAAGUCUCUAUUGCA